GCCAAGAUGGCGUCGGCGCGGCCGCGGACGCCGGGGCGGGCGGAGCGGCGGCAGCGGCGGCGCGGGCGGCGGCUCUCGGCGCUCUGAGGCGCGGGGCGCGGCGGGCGCAGGGCUCAUGUAAUCAAAGAAGUUUCUUUGUUGUGUGUAUCUUUUCAGAACACAACAGGAAUUGAAAAUGAAUCAGAACACUGAGCCUGUUGCAGCUGCUGAGAGCCUGGCCGAGGUACCUGAACACGUACUCCGAGGACUUCCGGAGGAAGUGAGGCUUUUCCCGUCUGCUGUGGACAGGACUCGGAUUGGUGUCUGGGCCACUAAGCCAAUUUUAAAAGGCAAAAAGUUUGGGCCAUUUGUUGGUGAUAAGAAAAAAAGAUCUCAGGUUAAGAAUAAUGUGUACAUGUGGGAGGUCUAUUACCCAAAUCUGGGAUGGAUGUGCAUUGACGCCACGGACCCAGAGAAGGGGAACUGGCUGCGGUAUGUGAAUUGGGCUUGCUCCGGAGAAGAGCAGAAUUUAUUUCCGCUGGAGAUCAACAGGGCCAUUUAUUACAAAACUUUGAAGCCAAUCGCGCCGGGCGAGGAGCUCCUGGUCUGGUACAAUGGGGAAGACAACCCCGAGAUAGCAGCUGCGAUUGAGGAAGAGCGAGCCAGCGCCCGGAGCAAGCGGAGCUCCCCGAAAAGCAGGAAAGGGAAGAAAAAAUCCCAGGAAAGUAAAAACAAAGCAAACAAAACCGAAGACCUACAGCUGAAGACAAGUGAGCCAGAUUCUGCUUCUGCAAAUAUGAGAGAUUCUGCGGAAGGUCCCAAAGAAGAGGACGAGAAGCCCAAGCCCUCAGCCUCAGCCGCGGAGCAGACCGCCGUUCUGCAGGAGGCGGUCAGUCAGGAUGUGCUUCCAGAGCUGGUAGCUCCCCCCGCUGCCUGUGAGCCCCACACAGAACCAGACGAGAAGCCAGAAGCCACGAACUGUGAGGGGAAUGAUUUGGAGGAAGAGGAGGAAGAGGAAGAAGAUGAGGAGGACGAGCUGGAGGAAGAGGGGGAGGAGGAAGCGGACAUGCCAAAUGAAAGCUCUGCGAAAGAGCCAGAAAUACGCUGUGAUGAGAAGCCAGAAGAUUUAUUAGAAGAACCAAAAAAUGUUUCAAAAGAAAUGCUUGCGGGCUCUCUGGAGGUUCCACCUGUUCCCAGAACUCCCAAAACUAAAGAAGAGGCCAACGGCGAUCUGUUCGAGACGUUUCUGUUUCCGUGUCAGCAUUGUGAGAGGAAGUUCACGACCAAACAGGGGCUUGAACGGCACAUGCACAUUCACAUAUCCACGGUCAAUCAUGCUUUCAAGUGCAAGUACUGCGGAAAGGCGUUCGGCACGCAGAUCAACCGGAGGCGGCACGAGCGGCGCCACGAGGCGGGGCUGAAGCGGAAGCCCAGUGUCGCGCCGCAGCCGCCCGAAGAGCCGACCGACGGCAGGGCGCCUGGGGACGGGGCUGCCGCGAAGGAUGACUCGCCGCCGUCCGGGCUUGGGCAGGACUCGCUGCUCGCGCAUCCAGAGAAGGCCCCCCAAGAGACCAUCCAGUCUUCUGUUGGAGAAGAAAAUGGGGAAGUCAAAGAGCUUCAUCCGUGCAAAUACUGUAAGAAGGUUUUCGGGACGCACACCAACAUGAGACGGCAUCAGCGCAGGGUGCACGAGCGUCACCUGAUUCCCAAGGGUGUGCGGCGGAAAGGGGGCCUCCUGGAGGAGCCGCGCCCUCCCGCGGAGCCCGCCCCGCCCGCCCCCAGUGUCUACGUGCCCAGCACAGAGCCCGAGGAGGACGGGGAGGCAGACGAUGUGUACAUCAUGGAUAUCUCCAGCAAUAUCUCGGAAAACCUGAAGUUCUAUAUUGAUGGCAAAAUUCAGACCAGCAGCAGCACGAGUAACUGUGACGUCAUCGAGAUGGAGUCAGGCUCGGCAGACUUGUACGGGAUAAAUUGUCUGCUUACUCCAGUCACGGUGGAGAUCACCCAAAACGUCAAGACUGCGCAGGCCUCCCUAGCAGAGGAUCUUCCUAAAGAGCCUUCCAGCGGCACAAACAGUGAGUCCAAGAAACGGAGAACCGCGAGUCCUCCCACACUACCUAAAAUCAAAGCCGAGACGGAGCCUGACCCCUCGGUGCCCUCGUGUUCCUUAUUGCCUCUCACCAUAGCCACGUCAGAGGCCGUGUCUUUCCACAAAGAGAAAAGCGUGUACUUGUCAUCGAAGCUCAAACAACUUCUUCAGACCCAGGACAAGCUAACUCCUCCUGCAGGCAUUUCCACGACCGAAAUCCCGAAGUUAGGGCCCGUUUGUGUGUCCGCUCCCGCGUCGAUGCUCCCCGGGACCUCGAGCAGGUUUAAGCGGCGGACCAGUUCUCCUCCCAGUUCCCCGCAGCACAGUCCCGCCCUUCGAGACUUUGCGAAGCAGAGCGACGGCAAAGCAUCGUGGACUGAUGGAGUUCUAGGUUCCAAAAAGCCCAAAUUAGAAAGCCACAGCAGCUCACCGGCGUGGAGUUUAUCCGGGAGAGAGGAGAGAGAAGCCGGGAGCCCGCCGUGCUUUGACGAAUAUCCAGUAUCCAAGGAGUGGGCAGCCAGUUCUACUUUCAGCAAUGUGUGCAACCAGCAGCCGCUCGAUUUAUCCAGCGGUGUCAAACAGAAGGCUGAGGGCACAGGCAAGACUCCUGUCCAGUGGGAAUCCGUAUUGGAUCUCAGCGUGCAUAAAAAGCCAUGUGGCGACUCGGAAGGCAAGGAGUUCAAAGAAAACCAUCUGGUGCAGCAAGCCUGCAAUGCUGUAAAGAAAAAGAAACCAACCACAUGCAUGCUGCAGAAGGUUCUGCUCAAUGAGUACAAUGGCCUCGAUUUACCGGUAGAGAGCGCUGCAGAUGUGACGCGGAGCCCGAGUCCUUGUCAGUCCCUGGAUCCCCAGCCAGAUGCUGGCCUUGGCCCGGAUUCCAGUUUACCGGCCCCUGUGGCUGAGUCCCCACCCGACGUCUCUCCUUCCUCACCUGCCCUGCAGACCUCUUCCCUUUCUUCUGGGCAGCUGCCUCCUCUCUUGAUCCCAACACACCCCUCUUCCCCCCCAGCCUGCCCUCCGGUGUUGACUGUUGCCACGCCACCGCCUCCACUCCUUCCUACUGUCCCUCUUCCGGUCCCUUCUUCCGGGGCUUCUCCCCGUCCGUGUCCCUCUCCUCUCUCGAAUGCCACCGUGCAGUCCCCGCUUCCCAUUCUCUCCCCUACAGUGUCUCCGUCACCAUCUCCCGUCCCUUCCGUGGAGCCGCUCACGUCUGCUGCCUCGCCCGGACCCCCCACCCUUUCCUCGUCUUCUUCCUCCUCGUCUUCCUCCUCUUCCUUCUCCUCUUCGUCUUCCUCCUCUUCCCCCUCGCCGCCACCGCUCUCAGCAGUAUCCUCUGUUGUUUCCUCCGGGGAUAAUCUGGAAGCUUCUCUCCCCAUGAUAACCUUCAAGCAGGAGGAACUAGAGAAUGACGAUCCGAAGCCCAGGGAAGAAGCCCAGCCUGCAGUUGAACAGGAGAUUGUUCAAGAAACAUUCAACAAAAACUUCGUCUGCAAUGUCUGUGAAUCACCUUUUCUUUCCAUUAAAGAUCUAACCAAACAUUUAUCUGUCCAUGCUGAAGAAUGGCCCUUCAAAUGUGAAUUUUGUGUGCAGCUCUUUAAGGCUAAAACUGAUCUGUCAGAACAUCGCUUUUUGCUUCAUGGCGUUGGGAAUAUCUUUGUGUGUUCAGUUUGUAAAAAAGAAUUUGCUUUUCUGUGCAAUUUGCAGCAACACCAGCGAGAUCUCCACCCAGACAAGGUGUGCACCCACCAUGAGUUUGAAAGCGGCACCCUGAGGCCCCAGAACUUCACUGACCCCAGCAAGGCCCAUCGGGAGCACAUGCAGAGUUUGCCAGAAGAUCCUUUAGAGGCGUCGAAAGAAGAAGAAGAAUUGAAUGAUUCCUCCGAAGAGCUUUACACAACCAUAAAAAUAAUGGCUUCUGGCAUAAAGACGAAAGACCCGGAUGUCCGACUGGGGCUCAAUCAGCAUUACCCGAGCUUUAAACCACCCCCAUUUCAGUACCAUCACCGGAACCCCAUGGGCAUCGGUGUGACGGCCACAAAUUUCACUACACACAAUAUUCCACAGACGUUCACCACUGCCAUCCGCUGCACAAAGUGUGGGAAGGGUGUUGACAACAUGCCGGAGUUGCAUAGACACAUCCUGGCGUGUGCUUCGGCCAGUGACAAGAAGAGGUAUACCCCUAAGAAAAACCCAGUGCCCUUGAAGCAGACUGUCCAGCCCAAAAACGGUGUGGUGGUUCUCGAUAACUCCGGGAAGAACGCCUUCAGACGAAUGGGACAGCCCAAAAGACUGAACUUUAGCGUCGAGCUCAGCAAAAUGUCCUCGAACAAGCUCAAACUAAACGCAUUGAAGAAAAAAAACCAGCUGGUCCAGAAAGCAAUUCUUCAGAAAAACAAAUCUGCGAAGCAGAAGGCCGACUUCAAAACCGCCUGUGAGUCGUCCUCGCACAUCUGCCCGUACUGUAACAGGGAGUUCACGUACAUCGGGAGCCUGAACAAACACGCCGCCUUCAGCUGUCCCAAAAAACCGCUCUCUCCUUCCAAAAAAAAAGUUUCCCACUCAUCCAAGAAAGGCGGACACUCCUCACCUGCAAGUAGCGACAAAAACAGCAGCAGCCACCGGCGACGGACGGCGGACGCGGAGAUUAAGAUGCAGAGCACGCAGGCUCCUCUGGGCAAGACCAGAGCGCGCAGCUCGGGCCCCGCCCCGGUCCCGCUGCCCUCCUCGUCCUUCAGGUCCAAGCAGAAUGUCAAAUUCGCGGCUUCGGUCAAGUCCAAAAAGCCAAGCUCCUCCUUAAGGAACUCGAGCCCAAUCAGAAUGGCCAAAAUAACUCACGUUGAGGGGAAAAAGCCCAAAGCUGUGGCCAAGAAUCAUUCUGCUCCGCUUGCGAGCAAGACGGCCCGCGGCCUGCAUGUGCGGGUGCAGAAGAGCAAAGCCGUCCUGCAGAGCAAAUCCGCUUUGGCCAGUAAGAAAAGAACAGACCGGUUCAAUGUAAAAUCUAGAGAACGAAGUGGGGGGCCGGUCACCCGAAGCCUCCAGCUGGCAGCCGCUGCCGACCCGGGGGACAGCAGGAGGGAGGACAGCGGUGGCAAGCAGGAGCUGAAGGACUUCAGCUCAGGUUGUGAUCUCAAGGUCCUGAGACUGAUCCCCACGUCGGGCUUGGUGCUGAGCGUGAAGCCUGCCUACAGUCUCCGCCUGGCAUCCCGGUGCCCUCCGCCAGCCGCCCCGUACAUCACCAGGCAGUGUAGGAAUGUCAAGGCCACGGCAGCAGCCCAGUUCCAGGGACCCCUCUUCAAAGAGUAGACCCUUCGCCUGCUCCCUGACAGCACCUGAAGUGACCUGGAAUCAGUGAAGCCAAAGGGACUGGCCUUCUGCCCUGCAGGGAGUACCGACCUAUUCCACUUUCAUGAGCCUGCGAGAGAAAGGAAGAGUGCGUGUGCGUGUGCGUGUGUGUGGUCUUCAGACGAGGGUCCCAAACCCCAGGGAGGCAGGAAGGCAGCUGAUUCCACACCAUGGACGACAGUUGGGUGCAGCCGCUGGGACCGUGUUCUGCAGCUCAGCCUUCCUGCUGGGGGCGGGGGGCCUCUCCUACUAUGCAAUUUUUCAAGAGCUCCUUGAUCCUGCUUUUUGCUUCUCGAGUUGUCUUUUGCCAUGGCGGGGACUGUGGGCUGGCUCAGAGGUCGGCUCCAGUCCUGUCUGAGGAAGGCCUUCCGGAGGAGGCCGAGUUUCCCUUUUAACCACCCCACCUUCCCCAGCCUUCCACCAUCUCUGGGAAUCAGCGGCGUGUGGACGCGUCGGACCCUCACUGAUUGACCUCAUUGGCCUGCGCACUUUGAAAACCUCCCUUCUUUGCCUGAGCUGCUGGCUUGAGAUUUAAAAUUCUAUUCAGUCCAUUUCCGGAGAAAGUCCCUGUCCCCAUUUGCAGAUCUGGCUCCUCCCUUGAGAGAGGCAGGGGAUGGGACAGCAUGUGGGGGGAGGAGGAGGGCUCCCCGCCCCCACGCCGCACCCCUCCCUGCUGUGCUUCUUUUGCCUCCCUUGGUGGGACCAUCAGCACCUUUAGUGGCUGACCUCCUCAGAUUAGCUGAAAAGGGAAACAAAAAUUGGGAAAUGAAAAAUAACUUGGAGGAUUAAGAAGCACAGGGGAGAGAAGAGAUUUCCAGAGGCCAGUCGCCUGCCAGGGAAUGAUGGAGCUGGCUUCCGCUUCGCACGGGACCACUCCGUGUCUCGGAGAAAUGGGUGAGCAGAGCAGGAGUUUGGACCCAGUUCAGUGAGGGUCUUGGGGUUUGUGCCUUUGGGGCAGACCCUAGACACGGAUGUCUGAGACCACUUUAGCGCUGUUUUCUCAGCUACUUUCAGUCGUGAUGUGCUGAACCACAGUGGAAGGACAGCACUUGGAAGGACGUGAGUGGUCACACACAAAAAGGGACUUUUUUUUCAGGGCUACUAUGGUUGAUCUUGCAACUCUGUAAAUAUGUACGUAGACACUUUUAAAAGCACGUAUUUAUGUCCCUGACUGUAAAUGCCCCCUUUUUAAAGUUUUAUAACUUGUGUUAUUUAAUUAAUCAGUCGACUGGCUGCAGUGUAGGGUCUGACGAUGGUCCGGGAGGAAGGUCUCACGAGACCCUCACAUGGGCAGAAAAGUGCCGAUCGCCGGCCUCCAUUCAGUUUUCCAACUUGCCACCCAGCUCCAAACCAUCGUUUGUUUCCAACUUCCAUAAGCUGGCAUCCUUUUGCCCACUCCGAAAAUUAACCCUCAAGCAUGAAAAGCUGUGGCUGUUCCUUCUCCUAACGAUACGGUUUUGUCCCAUAAAUGUCGACACUCACGAACUGUACCCCAGCCUCUCGGUUCUGAGGGUUCCCGUUUGCAGCGGCAAGGAAGGCUCACGAAUCCAAAGCUUCGAAAGUUACCUUCAACCAACGGUGAAUUCCAGAAAAUGUUGUGGGGGACUGGGGGACACUAAUUUCUGCAUGUGCAAAUGUGUGGAUCAGCCUUCGACCCUCUCAGACCAGCAGAAAAGGCUAUGAGUGUCCCAGUCACAAAGACGGAGGCGGGGGGAUGGUCUUCUAAAGAGUGGUGUUUCCUGGUCAGUGGUGGUUUUCGGGCAUGGGUGUGGAUCACGGAAGAGAACGGUUCUGUAUCUGCCAUGUGAAGAAAAUUAACAAUAAAAGUGUGAAGCGCGAUUGUAAGCAACAA